AUGGCAUCCAAACCCAUUGAUAACAACAACAAUACUCUUAAGUUUCUGUAUAGCUACGGCGGCAUGAUCCGUCCUCGCUCCCCCGACGGCAAGCUUCGCUACACCGGUGGCCACACCAGAGUCCUCGCCCUUCAUCCUCCCACUCCUUUCUCAGAGUUGAAGGCAAAGCUUUGCGAGUUGGGUGGUUCGUCGUCGAUAACCAUCAAGUGUCCAUUGCCGGACGGAGAGUUAGACACUUUGGUUUCCAUCACCAACGACGAAGAUUUGGCAAACAUAAUCGAAGAAUACGAUCGUGCUUCUUCGUCGUUGCAGAAACAGUUGAAAAUCAAAGUCAUUCUUUUUCCACCGAGGAAAUCAUCGCCUCUUCCGUCUUCGUCCUCCACCGCCACUCUCUCUGCGUCCGGUUCGCCUAACUCCUCUGCCGAAUCGCUGCCAUAUUCGGCGGAGAAUCGGUUCGUCCGGCGGUAUUGCUCGCCGGUGCCGGUUGGUUAUAAGCAUGGCGUCCGUAACGGUUGUUGGCACACAAGGACCAGGCAUGCCGAUGAAGGCCCAAGAUUCCUUUGUCGUGGGCCUCACUGCUAUAAUUACUGCCACUGA